UUCUUCUAACUCCUAAUUCCAAAACCUACUUUUUUCCGCGCCACACCGCACCCACCCCUUUCCUCUUCUCUCUUCUUCAUUCAUUCUCCGCCCUCUUUCCGUCGCCGUCGCCGUUGUGGAGUCGACUCGCCUGGUCGCUUGAGGUCCACGUAGUUGUUACCUUGCGAGGUGAGAGGGAGGGAGUUCAACCCGAAGAUGAGUUUAGUUUUAAGAUUGAAACAUCAUUUGCCUAAUGGGUUUUACAGAAAACCAUUUCGUUCUACAGUUGUGGCAUUAAAUCCUGGUAACAUAAAUGGAUUAUGGAAAAACUAUGGUCAACCUGCAAUUAAAGAGGAAGAGGACGAAGAAGUGGAGUUUGAUCAGAGGAGGCUUCCUACUGAUUACGAUCCGGCAACAUUUGAUCCUUCUGAGCAUCGCAGUCCUCCAACUGAGCGUGUUUUCCGGCUUGUUGAUGAAAUAUCAGGACUUACACUGGCUGAAGUUGCAGAGCUAGGUGCCAUUUUUAUGCGAAAAAGGGGCAUGACGGAACCACCAAGUGUCGGAGUUAUGAAACCAGGAGCUGCUGGCUUAGCUGGAAUGGCAUUGGCAACGAAAGCAGCAACUGCAGCCAAGGAGGAGAAGAAACCUGAAAAGACCGUCUUCGAAUUGAAAUUGGAAUCAUACGAGGCAGCUUCGAAAAUCAAACUUAUCAAGGAGGUCAGGAGCUUCACUGACUUAGGCCUUAAGGAAGCAAAGGACUUGGUAGAGAAGACACCAUCAAUCUUAAAGAAAGGACUGUCAAAGGAGGAAGGAGAGCAAUUAGUAGAAAAGCUGAAAGAGCUUGGGGCCAAAGUUGUUCUAGAAUGAGAGCAAAGCAAAGUUUUGCCUUGGAUGUCCGAGCCAAAGUUGUUCUAGAAUGAGAGCCUUGGAUGUUGUUCCCCCUUUUGUGGUAUUUGCCAAAAUUUAAUUAAGAUUUCUAGACAUACCUGCCUCUUUAAAAUUACCUAACCUUGAUUCAAAUGAAACAACAAAUCUCAGAUUUUUGCAAUAGAGUUUUAGUUAUGUUCACUGACUGAGUUGACAUUUUGUGAUCAAGAAUGCCAUAGAGGUGGAAACUUUUUGCACUUCUCUGCUCC